UUUUCAAAAUGUAACAUAAAUAUGAAGAGACCAGACUAAUGCACGCCAUAAGAGAACCUCGUCCCCACCUAUUACACAAGGCUAAUGCAUGCAAGAAAUGAACCAAUAAUUCUGCACAAGUCACUGUAUAUGACGUGACAAGACUCUGCAGGGAAUCUCGUCCCCACCACCGACAUGAAGUGACAAGACUCUGCAGGGAAUCUGGUCCCCACCACAGACUUGACGGGACAAGGCUCUGCAGGGAAUCUCGUCCCCACCACAGACAUAAAGUGACAAGACUCUGCAGGGAAUCUCGUCCCCACCACCGACAUGAAGUGACAAGACUCUGCAGGGAAUCUCGUAAUAACCUAUGCAUUUUGGCUAUAAAUAUGUUCCCAAACUUGUUCAUUUUCUUCAUCACCUCUUAUACUAUCAUCAGAGCAACUUAGCAUCAGAGCAACUUUGUGUUUCAUCAUCAACAAACAUGUCUCUCCUAACUAUGGGUCAAGAGCACCGAGGCACCAUUGCAAACAUUGCGACCUAUGAUGUCACGAGAUUUAGGACCCGUGCUGGUAAGAUGAUUGCUCCUGACCCUUUGAUUGUGGACUACGUUAAACGUGCGGGAUUUGGUGAGGUAAUGAACUUAACACAUACCUCAGUUGAUAUGAAGUUUAUAUUAGCAUUGUGUGAGCGUUGGAGGCCUGAGACUCAUACUUUUCACCUUCCAAUGGGUGAAUGUACCGUCACUCUAGAGGACGUGUACAUGUUGUUGGGUCUCAGAACAAAUGGAAAGGCAGUGUAUGGAAAUGUCCAACAACCAAACGCCCUAUGCGUCGAAUUGUUGGGUGUGGAUUUAAUAGAGGGUGAGGGGCAACAAAGGGGUAGGGGCCAAGGUAUAAAGCUUGCUGGCCUUCAGGAAGCUUAUGUUGGGAUUCAAUUGGAUCAGUUUUCUGACGAAGAAACUAUACUGCGGAAAACUAGGAUGUAUAUUAUGUUGUUGUUUGGUAGGUUUCUAUUUCCCGAAGGCACGGGAAAUAGUGUUAAUUUUAUGUACUUGUGUUUACUUGGGGACAUUGAUGCAAUAAAGACAUAUAGCUGGGGUUCGGCUGUGUUGGCAUACCUAUAUAGUUCCUUAUGCAAAUGUGCAAAAAAGGAUGUUUGUACAUUUAGUGGAUGUGCAUUCUUGCUACAAACAUGGGCAUGUACGGUUGAUCCGUUGAAAGAACCUCCGAUGUCGCAGCAGCAAGUUCCCUGGUCGGUGCAUCAAAUGUUAUUGGAACUGUUAUUGCUUCCUUUGAUGGACAAGCAAGGGAGGAAAAGUCUCCCUAUCACGAGUUUUACGGGGAUGGUUGCUUCUAUGUUGCUUCUUUCUCUCACUUUUGAUGAUACGAUUCGAUUGAUUCAGGACUCUCCGUUAGCCGUUUCGGCUUUUUUUAUUGGGGGUGUUAGUCUGAACAUUUUUAUGUGCAGGUUUCAGUUUUCUUGGAAUGGUCGGUGCAUCAAAUGGAAUAUCUCUUUCCUGCUCAGGUGCAAAUCUGAACUCAAUUGCAUUGUCAGCCAUUGUGCAAAGAUAAAUUUAGAACUUAUUAAGUGUUACAUUCAACCAGUUUCAACCCCUAAAGAUAAUGGUCUAAGCUGGAGUAAACGGGGAGAAUGUGCCAAUUAUGACGUUGACUCUGUGAUUACAAUUGCUGCUGCAUUUUUGAGUUGUAUGAACUCUACAGAAGCUGAUGAUCCAUGCCCUCUGGCUGCAGUUCGUUGCUUACGUACUAUUAGCACAAUCCUUGAAACAGUGAGCAGGUUGCCUCACUUUUUUGUUCAACUUAUCUCUGAUUGUUCCGUGCAUUUGUUUCCUCCCGCAACUCAUCUGAAAUCACAUGCUGGAUUCAUGUCAGGAUGCUCAGGACUAGAAGUCGUUCCUGGUCCUCAUCUUCCUCAGAUUGACUUCCUCAACAGAAUAAAUGAAGAAAACCAGAAGAGAUAUGAUGAAAAUGAUGCAAGAAUCAAAGAGUCUCUGUUGGUGAAGAAGUUGCUUGAGCAAUCUAAAUUGAAUAAAGAGAAGAAUAGUAAAGAAAUAGAGAACAAGUACUGCUUACGUGGUGCAGAAUGGGGAGUUUGUGAUUGUUCAGCAGAAGGAAUGACAAUAGAUGAGAGGGAUAAAUUCAUAGCAAUGUUGAAAGAUAAGGUUGGAGAAAAGUAAUAUGGUGCUGCUAGAUCAUAGAAAAGAUACAAGGUUUCUAAUAUAUUGUUAUCAAAAGGUCGACUGACAUCAAGGGAAGAAACAAUUUUAGGUCUCUUGAAGAGUUUCAAAAUUUUGUUUUUGAAUCUUAUUUGUUAUAAUAGUAUUGUAAUUUCUUUACUAGCUGGGGAUUCUAUUAUUCAUUUUGAGUACUGGCUUAGUCAUUUAGUUGUUGUAAGUUUCAGUUUCAAUAGGUUAGUAAUGAGUUAAUAGGUUAUUAGUAAGUUUCAGUUUCAAUAGGUUAGUAAUGAGUUAAUAGGUUAGUAGUAAGUUUCAGUUUCAAUUGUAAUCUCCAUUUUUGUCUUCCUGUUUGGUUUAAUAGGUUAGUAAUGGUUUAUUAGGUUAUUUAUUUCAUGAACUUCAUUUGUAUUUGAUUUUGAGCAUCAUUGUAGUUUCUACAUUGCCCACAUGGGAGGCUGUGCUGUAAUAGAGUAUUAUCUUUAUUUGUUGUUUCAUGUGAGCAUUAUCUUGCUCAUU